AGUUUGUCACUACUUAAACACAAAACAAAAUUAAAGAAAGAUGCCAGCCAAAUUCGAAAAGGGUAACGAAAAGAAAGGUGCUAACUUGUUCAAAACUAGAUGUUUGCAAUGUCACACCGUUGAGGCCGGUGGACCUCACAAGGUCGGUCCUAACUUGAAUGGUGUGUUUGGAAGAAAAUCCGGUCAAGCCACCGGCUACUCUUACACUGACGCCAACAAGAAGAAGGGUGUUGAGUGGUCUGAGCAAACCAUGAGUGACUACUUGGAAAACCCCAAGAAGUAUAUUCCUGGUACCAAGAUGGCAUUCGGUGGUUUGAAGAAGCCUAAGGACAGAAACGAUUUGAUCACUUACUUGGCCAAGGCCACCAAGUAAUCGUCCUAGAACCCUUUGUCAUCCUAGCACUGCCUUCCACUUCAUCAUAACAUUUAUUAUUAUCUUUUACUUUGUAAAUAUUUAUUGCUAAUAGAAUCUUCUGUUUCUUGUUGAUAGAAAAAUGGUAGUCGGUAAUUCGCUGUUUUCGCAAUCAGGUAACCAUGAUUGGAUUAUUUUGUGUAUAACGCCAAUGUAAUUGAUUAGAGGGCCAGGUGUUCUUUGGGUGGCGUAAGUGGUGAAUUGGAAGGUAUGACGAGGCUUUUGAUGUAAUUCGGGCCAAUUUGUACCGGCUGAGGUUCAUUUAUACUUUUUGAUGUUCUCUUGUUUAACAUCUGUUUUAUGAUAUGCAAGAUGAUAUGUGGUUUGGAAUUGUUGUGAUGUUUUCAGUGAUGGGUGCUUGGCUUUAACGGAACCAGCCAAAAUUCUAAUUGGUGUGGUUUGCUUUUGAUUAUUUAAAUACUUUGAUUGAACUAAAUGCAAUACGUAAUUUUC